UUGGGUCGAUGCCACAAUAAGCAUGUCGGCAACUACAUGUACGUCUUCGUCUAGGCCCCCGGUUUGUGCGCCUUCGUCGACCUCACCAGACUCGUUAAGACUACUUAAGGAUACUGUUUGGAUCAUCUUCUGGCAGCAGAGCGCGUCGCGCGCGUCGUCUACCCCAGCUUCUGGCGCUACUGCGUUGCUUGAGUCGCUUCCCGACGUCUUAGACAAAUGCGAAGCUCAUACCUCCAAGCGCAGCUUGUUAGCUCUCCUCGUGACGACCUUUCGAUCUCAAUGCACACGCGCUGCUCUGCUUUCUCGAUCCAGCCUUCGCCUCCACCUUGAGAGGCUUGCGACGCUUACCUUGGUCGUAGGUCUUCUUUGUUAUGGUGUCCGCUUGGCCAUGCUUGUUGGCGUGCUCC